AUGGCAGACCGCUUCUUGCGUGCUUGGCACCGCCCUCUUCGCAGUCCACCCGCUUUGUGUUCAAGCGGUGUGUUGGUCCUCGUGCCUGCCGUACCUGUGGGCGGCUUCCUUGUCUUGGCUUUCUGUCUGCGUUUAUGUUGGUUGUGCCUGUGCCUUAGUCAUGAGAGUUCGGCGCAUAGAGAAGACCAGCGGCACUAUCCUUUUGCACAGGUCCGCUGCCUACAUGACGAGCCAGAGCAGUGCACGCGGACCGUGGCACUGGGCAUGUUGUCAGGGAUCUUCUACUUCGCGGCCGUCAUGUGCAAGGCCGCCGCGCUCAUGCUGCCAGCCGCCCUCUUGAUCCACCGAGUGUCAUGGAGGUCCUCCGCCUCUGCCGAGGUGGCGAAGAGGUUUCCCUGCACACCGAGAUCAUUGAUGCCGGACAUUUUCCUCUGGCCGCUCUUUGCUGUGGCCCUGUACUUGGCCUUUCAAGCGACAGGCGACAGUGCCGGCCAGCUGCAAGCCUCUGUCGUGGAGCUGGAUCUGACAGACAACGUGCUGCGGGCCUGCGUCUCCGUCUUUGCGUACAUUCAGCAUCUGAUUGUCCCAGGCAGAGAAGUGGUUCCUUUUUGCCCUGUCGCGCUGGAUGGUCUGACUUCAACGCAAAGGCAGGGCGGAUGGGUCGCCCUGAUGGCCAUCGUGGCGCUCACCUUCCUUUCGCUCUGCGUGCUGUUCAUCUGGGAAGCUUCCAACGGCUCCUUCCUCCCCUGUGCUGCGGCAGCCUGGCUCAGCUACCUGGCGGUCCUGUCUCCUUGCCUUCAGCUCCUGGUACACCACGGAGAUCCCGUGUGGUAUGCGGACAGGUACGCGUACCUGCCUCUGGCACUUCUCCUGCCGCCACUUGCUUCGACGGCCUUUUGCAGGUUGCGGGACUGGUACAUCGCCAUCCUGGCAGUGUGUGGUCCUGCCAUCAUGGUGUAUGGCUUCCAAAGCAGCCUGCAGUGCGAGCAAUGGCGAGGGGGCGUGGAACUCUGGUCCGGGGCCGUGGCCGCCCAGGGAGGCUGGGCCGAGUUUCGCCACCAGCUGGGUGUCUCCUUGGCAGCGGCCGGCCGAGCUGAUGAGGCGCAGCUUUCCCUGAACACCGCCUGGAGCCUGAGGCCGGAUGCCCUCACCGCGAAAGCUUUGGGCCACGUGGUGGGAGCCAAGAGCCCUCGCAAGGGCAUGGCUUGGCUGGAGAAGGCACUCCAGUUGGCAGAGGCAGCGGCUGAGGCCGGGAGAGGAGUUGGCCUUUCCACAGAGCAGGCUGCCUCGGCCUACCAUGACAUGGCCGUCCUGGAGUCGCGGCUGAAGAAGCCGAAUGUGAAGAGAGUCCUCGACCUUUACGAGAAGAGCCUCUGGCUUGCCAAGCGGCCGAUGACGCAGGAGAACUACGGCCUGACCCUCGCAGUCAUGGGCCGCUACGAUGAGGCACUUGGGCCCCUGCAGCAGGCAGUGGAGCUCGGCCGCGGCGAGUCUGCAGACUUGCACAAUGGGCUUGGCGCCAUCUACUUUUCCCAGGGAAAGCUGCGAGAGGCGAAGUCUCAUUUCAGGAAGGCCGUCGAGUUGAAACCUGGUUGGAGAGAUGCACAGGACAACCUGGAUGCCGUCACAGCCGAGCUGAAGAGAUCCGCGGGCAAGGAGCAGCCGCGGAACAAACGUUGCUUUGCCCGCUCAAUUGGUCUUUGCCUGCUUGUCGCGCUUCUUCAGGAGGUCUUGGACCGAUCCCCCGGGGUUUCCUGGGAUGCGAUUGCAGGCCUGGACGAGGUCAAGCGGCUAUUCUACGAGAUUGUGGUGGCGCCGGUCAAGAACCCACUGCUGUUCUCUGGCGUUCGGAGCCCGCCAAAAGGCGUGCUGCUUUUUGGGCCACCUGGAAAUGGCAAGACGAUGCUGGCCAAGGCUGUUGCCAGCGAGUGCAACGCCACCUUCUUUAGCAUCUCUGCCUCAUCUUUGACCUCGAAGUGGGUUGGCGAGUCGGAGAAGCACAUGCGAGCUCUGUUCAGCCUGGCUAGGAAGAUGCAACCUGCAGUCAUCUUCAUGGAUGAGAUUGAUUCCAUGCUGACCAGCCGGUCUGCCGGCGAGCAUGAGGCGGCACGCCGCCUGAAGACAGAGUUCCUUGUACAGUUGGACGGUGCUGCUUCAGGUGGUGAAGACCGAGUUCUAGUGCUUGGAGCCACCAACAGGCCGGGUGAAUUGGACGACGCCGUUCUUAGGCGUCUCCCAAGGAGGAUAUUGAUUCCACUGCCGGAUGCUACAACCAGGAGCGUCCUUGUCAGCAAGGAGUUGCACGGAGCCAGGCACUCCCUGUCCAGUGCUGACUUCACGAGGCUUGCCAGCAUGACUGACGGCUACUCCUGUUCUGAUCUCGCGGCUUUGACGCGGGAGGCCGCUGUGCUUUACCUGGGAGCUUGGACCCUGCAAGUGGAAUCGCGCUUUUGGCAGCAACUGACCAGUCAGACGCCCUCUGAGAGCUUCUUUGCUGACCAAGGGUGCAGGAAGCUGUUGACGCCCGUCCUGGAUGCUCAGAAGCUUCAGCAGCAGCCACUGCAGUGCAUCGCCUCCAAGGUUAUUCACUUCGACAAGACUGCGAAGGUCAUGCGUGACAUCUUCGACGCGACUCACGGAUUCCAGAAGGAGCUGGGGACGCGCUAUACGUUCCUGGACAUCGCAUGCGCGCCUGGUGGCUUCUCAAGGUUCAUGUGCAGCGACCCACGGUGUGAGAGGGGCUGGGGAAUCAGCCUUCCAGUUACAGAGGGCGGCUUUCGGCUGCUCUUCACGUGGAGCACACCGGACGAAAGGAAGUUCCAGGUCAAGUUUAGGGACAUGCUCACGCUCGAGCCGGAAGACUGCUGCGAGCACCAGGUCGACAUGGUGAUCUCGGAUGCCCAGUAUCUCCCCUUGCGCAAGGCUGACCAGCCCGGCCCAGACCCGGCUCUUGCAAAGGCUCAGAGCAUCAACCCAGCUCUGGGCAUCUGGGCACUUCUCUUCCAGCAGCUGCGGCUGGGCCUGUGCAACUUGCGAAACGGCGGCGUCAUGAUGUUCCGACUGAACUGCAAGGACGGCAACGUGGAUUGGUACUUCGACUCUGUUUGUCAAGUACUGGCCAUGGUUGACCGGCUGUUUGACUCCAUGAUGCUCUUCAAGUCAGGGAAGUCCCAUCAAAGUGACGGUACUGCAUACAUCAUCUGCAGAGGAUUUUGCAGAUGUGAGUAUGAGGCGAUGCAGGGCGCGGAGCUGCUCCGGAAGUCGAUCAUGGUGUCGAGAUAUGAGCCAGAUGUCGUUACCUUGAGCGAUGCGCCCAUUUUCCGCCGGGUGACACCUUCUCGAGACGUGAGAGCGAGGACCAGAGAGGUCUUCGCCCUCGUCAACGAUGCCAUCAACAGAUACAAAGAUCAAGCCAGCUUCAGCUGGGCGUCGACGGUGAAGGAAUGGCGCUGUGCAAGAUCCGUUCCAUCGCUCCGGCGCACGGUCCGCAGCACUCUGAGCAAGGUGAUGCCGUCUGCUGCGGGCAGGAUAGCGGCCCAGCAGCUGGAGCGUGCCGCGGAUGACGUAGCUGGCAUUAGCAGGAAACUGGACGAAGCGAAAGACUUUGACAGCCUGCGUGCCGAGCUGGCAGAAAUGUGCCAGCAGACAAUAGACAGCUUGCGAGCGCGCGCAGCUGAAGUGCAGCACAUCCUCAAUACAGCGGAGGAUACGCACGUGGAGGAAGAGAACUUGGAUGACCUUCGGACAGGGGUGCUUGACGAUGGCUGGGCCAGAACAGCAGAGCCCGAAGCCGCGCCGAGCCCGUACUUGCAUGUCACGGGACUUCUGCAAGGUAUUGAGGAAUCCACGCUGCAGAGGUGCUUUGGCAGAGCAGGCAAGGUGGAGGAGAUACGCUUCCUUCCACAGGAUCAAGCUAUGGCAUCGCGGUGCUCCGCCUUGGUCCGCAUGUCAAGUUGUGAUGAGGCCAAAGUGGCCCGAGAGAAGCUGGAUGGCAUCAUUCCAGAAGGCACCGGUUUCGAGAUGGAGCGAAACUUGAUGAUCACCUUCCAGGUGAAGAACGGCAUACAAGUUUGCGACCACCUCUUCGUUAGAGGCAUUCCUUCGGCCGUGCAGAAGCAUCAGGUCGCAUCUCUCUUCAAUCGCUAUGGACAGGUACUGUGGUCAAGCAUCCUGCCGCCACGCAUGGACGAGCAGGACCGCUGUGCGCUGGUCCAGAUGGCCAGCAGUGACCAAGCGCAGAACGCAAUCCAAGCGCUGAAUUGGACGACCUCCUCAGCGCUCAUGCCCUCGAUGAUGGUGCGAUAUGCUGGUCACAAGGUCUUCGCAGCCUUGAGGGAGAACGAUGACGGCAUUGAGGAGGCGAACCAGGGAUCUGAAGAGGAGGAUGACGAUGACUACGCACACUUUGGGGUCAUUGAAGAAGCACCAAAGCCAGCCUUUCAGCCGCUGAAAGAGAGGCCGGUGGAGAUGGGUUCGAGGUGGAAGAAGCACGAGGAAACCGACUCGGAUGGGCCUGAGGGAGCACGGCUCUGGGGCUGGGCGAUGCAGCCCGUCAAAGAGCAGCAGGAGUUCCCGGAGCUGGGCCAGCAAAACAUGGCAGCCCAGGAGGAGCCAGAGCCGACCAAAGCGCAACCUGCCCAGAAGGUCCAAGAUGGAUGUCCCGGCCAGGUGGAGUCUUGGGAGGAGCUGGAGGAGGAGCAUGGCCCCAGCGAGUUCUUGUGCAUGAAGGAUGCUCCGACAGGCCUCCCCGAGUCUGUCAUGCUGAUGUGGUUCAAACCCUACGGCCACGUUGUCGACAUGCGGCCUUUGUGGCGAGCAUCCACUCCUGGACGGCAGGCCUUCCUGGUGCAAAUGUCUUGCUUGGAAGAGGCCAUCAACGCCGUCGACGCUCUCAACGGCAAGUCGGUCAUGAAGGGGAAACCCCUGCUGCUGCAGUAUUGGCAUGGUCCAGUGGACGAUGCAGAGGAGGAAGCCCCAGAAGAGUCUCAGGCAUCAGGGCUGGACAAGUCGCGGCUGCUCGAAGCUUGCCGGGCGGCCAUGGCCAAGAAGAAGCCCAGCCCAGAGGCUGCGAGAAGCAGCCUGAAUGGCACAGAAGUUGUGCGACCAGGGCCCGGCACAGGCAUCAGUGACGCGCAGUUGCUAGACGCAUGCCGUGUCGCGCUCGCAAAGCGCAAGCCUCGCACGGAAGCCGCCGCUGUGGAGGAGGAAGCCCCCGUUCGCGAGGAGGAGCCUGGCGAAGAGGCUCCCACUGCAGAAGAAGCUCCCACUGCAGAAGAAGCGCAGCCAGAGCCGGUCGUCCAAGAGGAGGAUGAUGACAAAGAGUCAUGGGAAGCAUGGGCCAGUGAAGAGGAGGAAGGUACGGCUCCCGACCCGGGGCCAACUGAAUGUAUCUGCAUGACUGGAGCACCCCCGGGUAUGCACGAGAUGGUGAUGCAGCUCUGGUUCAAGCCACACGGGCAAGUCCGCCAACUCCGACCGCUGACCGCUGCAGAAACGGGCUUUGACAAGCCCGCCUUCCUUGUGCAGAUGGGGAGCGCAGAAGAAGCUGCUGCAGCCCUGUCUGCCUUGAAUGGCAAGGCCAUCACGAAAGGCCAGCAGCUUGUCCUGGAGUACUGGCGCGGAGGCAAGUGA